AUGGUUGUUGAGUGGAGCAGUGGAAUCGUGGAGGGCGAGAACGACUUUUCCGGCAAGCGCUAUGUCUGGCUUAGGGAUCCAGCCACGGCCUUUGUCCGCGGUUGGGUCGUAGAAAACCUCCCCGAGGGAAGGAUACUGGUGCAAUGUGACAAUGGUACCCAACAGGAGGUCGACGCCGAUGCCAUUGACAAAGUCAAUCCCGCCAAAUUUGACAAGGCCGACGACAUGGCAGAACUCACACAUCUCAACGAGCCCUCGGUCAUCCACAACCUGCACAUGCGUUACCAAGCAGAUCUUAUCUACACUUACUCCGGCUUGUUCUUGGUCACAGUCAACCCCUACUGCCCACUGCCCAUUUACUCGAGAGAAUACAUAAAUAUGUACCGUGGACGGAGUAGGGAAGAGACCAAGCCGCAUAUCUUUGCAAUGGCCGACCAUGCCUUUCGAAAUUUGAUUGAGGAAGGCACAAACCAGAGUAUUCUCGUAACAGGAGAAUCGGGUGCUGGUAAGACGGAGAACACCAAGAAGGUCAUUCAGUACCUUGCUGCAGUCGCCAAUUCAGACACCCCACACACAAAGUCAGGAGGACGUCAGCUCUCAAACUUGUCUGAGCAGAUUCUGCGUGCCAAUCCAAUUCUCGAAGCCUUUGGAAACGCGCAAACGGUGCGAAAUAACAAUUCGUCUCGUUUUGGAAAGUUUAUCAGAAUCGAGUUUUCACGGACUGGCCAGAUUGCAGGCGCCUACAUUGAUUGGUAUCUCUUGGAAAAGUCAAGAGUGGUGCGGCUCAACUCGAACGAGCGCAACUACCACGUCUUCUAUCAGCUGCUGCGCGGUGCAGAUAGCAGGAUGAGACAAGAAUUCUUCCUGGAAAACAAGGAUACCGAGGACUUUGACUACACCAAGCACGGAAACGACGUCAUCUCCGGUGUGUCGGAUCCCGAGGAGUGGAAUGCUCUUAUCGAAGCCUUUCAUGUCAUGGGCUUCAGCGACCAAGAGCAAUCUACCAUUCUCAAGACCGUUGCUGCAGUUCUGCAUCUAGGAAAUAUUCGCGCUAUAAAAGAGAGCCGGCGAGCAGAUCAAGCAACCCUGAACCUUGCAGCUGAGCAACAAGCCGAGAUUGUUGCUCAGUUACUCGGAAUCUCUGUCGAUGAUUUUAUCAAGGCGCUUCUGCACCCCCGAGUAAAGGCAGGCAGAGAGUGGGUUGAGAAGGUGCAGACACCAGAGCAGGUCAACCUAUCCAUUGACGCGCUCGCCAAGGGUAUCUACGAGCGUGGUUUCGGAGACCUUGUUGACCGCAUCAAUCGUCAGCUGGACCAGACUGGUGCUGGUGCAGAUGAUUCGCACUUCAUUGCUUUGAGCAGCUUUGCAUCAAUUACACCAACGAGAAACUUCAACAGUUCUUCAAUCACCACAUGUUCGUCCUGGAACAAGAGGAAUACGCACGAGAGCAGAUAG